AUGGAGUUAUUGUGGAUACUUCCAUUGAUAGUUGGUGCAGUUCUUUGGGCAGCGGCAGAUGUCAUCUCUGAUGGUGUUAUUGGUGAAUCACAUGCUGGUCCAACGUCUGGCUCCAACAAGAAGACAGCAGCACUUGACGAUCCAGAGAUAGCACUCGAUUUGCUAUCGGACCAACAGGGCGACGCCAGAGCAAAGCUAGAGAAAGACGGUGCCACAGAGGUUGCAGAGAGCGAAAUAAAGUUGACUGGCGAGCAAGAUGCACUGCUCUCAGGCAUCGUCAUGUUUAUGAUUGGUGUGCUCAUGCACUACUACUACGGCAGUGACCAGGUGUUUGCUUUCAUGAACAUCGAUCACCAGCAGCGUUUGAACGACGGAAUCACAAUGAUAGCUAGUUCCACGGUCUAUUGGUCGUGUCUUAUCAGUGGAAUCUUCCAGGCGUUCUCACUCAUCUACUUGCUCAAGGCGUUCGAGUCGUCGUCGAGCACUGUUAUCGUGCCACUCAUCCAGUUAAAUUCUGUAAAAUUUAUAUUACUCUCUGCACUUGGUGAACUCUUUUCACUGUCUGGCUACUUUUUUGUUUCGAUAUCGUACCACCUCUAUUACAACAGUGGUGUAGUGAGUGCCACCGAAGGAGCACUCAACCAACUCUUCAACUUAAUUCUGGCGAUCAUACUAAAGAAAUUCUUCAACUUUGGCAGAGAUGUCAAAAGAAUCAAAGAAAAAUUAUAUUCCUGUAUAAUCGUAACCAUUGGACUCGUAUUAACUUCUACCUAA